AUGGAUGAAUCCAUUCCCAUCCCAUUCCCUUCCAUGAUAAAGAAAGCCAAGAAAACUCCAGAAUUUGAUUGGAACAUACUUCAUGUAUUUAAAAAGGUUGAGGUAACUAUCCCACUUCUUGAUGCCAUUCAACAAAUUCCGAAGUAUGCAAAGUUUUUGAAGGACUUGUGCACACACAAGGAUAGGAUAGGUGAGUUGGAGACAUUGUCAUUGGGUAAUUCCAUUUCUUCAUUGAUAAAGCCUAUUCCAGAGAAGUGUAGUGAUCUCAGACCAUGCUUGGUGUCUUGUCGAAUUGGUGGAGUUACUUUUCAUGACUAUAUGUGUGAUUUAGGGGCUUGGGUGAGCAUCAUGCGAUUUUCUAUAUUUGCAAGACCCUUCUUGAAGACCUCCAAGUUUAAAUUGGAUGCCUUCACCAACACAUACUCCUUUGAGGUCGGGGACAAGACAAUCAAGUUCAACUUGGAGGAAGCAAUGAAACACCCACCCGAAGAGCAUUUCAUCCUUCGAUGUAAUGUAAUUUAUGAGGUAGUAGCGGAGGUUCAAAGAGAAGAUCACGAUAAGUUGCACUACCCUAUUGUUAAGGAGAAAGAUGACCAUGAGGGUGAACAAGAGAAAGUUAUUGAGAAUGAAUCCCAUGAGCUUGGUGAAAAGGAACCUCAACUUGAGGCAAAAAGUGAAUUAAAGCCUCUCCCCUCUCAUUUGAAGUAUGCAUUCCUUGGGGACAAUCAAAAGUUUCCAGUCAUUAUUGCUAGUGAGCUCUCUAGCCAAGAAAAGGAGAAGCUCCUAGAGGUCCUAAGGAGUCACAAGAAAGAAAUCGGUUGGAGCUUGGCCGACAUUGAGGGAAUUAACCCACGUACGUGCAUGCAUCAUAUUUUCCACCAAAGAAGACUCAAUCCCACUAUCCUUGAUGUGGUGAAAAAGGAAGUCACAAGACUACUUGAUGCGGGUAUUACAUAUCCAAUUUUUUAUAGCGAAUGGGUGAGUCCGGUCCAAGUUGUUCCAAAGAAAUCGGGCAUCACCACCGUCAAGAAGGAAGAUGGUGAAGUGAUUCACAUUGCUCCUGAGGAUCAGGAAAAGACCAUAUUUACUUGUCCCUUUGGCACCUUUGCCUACAAAAGGAUGCCAUUUAGGCUAUGCAAUGCACCCGCCACUUUUCAGUGGUGCAUGACUAGUGUCUUUUCCGAUCUUAUGGAGACUUGUCUGGAAGUCUUUAUGGAUGACUUCAGAUUCUAUUGGUGCUUUAUCAAGAAUUUUAGUAAGAUUGCAUUGCCAUUGUCGCAGCUACUCCAAAAGGACGUGGACUUUGAGUUUGAUAGUGCCCGUGCAGAAGCAUUUGAGGAGUUGAGGAGAGCUCUUACCACAGCACCAAUUGUGAGGGGUCCUGACUGGACGCAGUCGUUCGAGAUAAUGUGCGACGCGUUAAUUCAUGCCGUAGGUGCCGCGCUUGCACAGUGCGAUGGUAAACUCCCUUAUAUCAUUGCUUACUCCUCAAAGACAUUGGAUGCGGCACAAUCCAAUUAUACCAUUACAGAGAAAGAGCUUUUAGCCAUUGUUCAUGUUUUGGAUAGAUUUUGA